AUGCCGACAUACUCCAGUCCCGUCUAUUUGUCGCCGCCGCCGCCUACUACGCCUACUACUACUACAACCACAACUACAACUACAACUACCAUGGACUACGGCACUGAGGAGGAAGAGGAGGAAGAGGAGGAAGAGGAGGAAGAGGAGAAAGAUGAGGAAGAGGAGAAAGAGGAGGAAGAGGAGGAAGAGGAGGAAGAGGAGGAAGAGGAGGAAGAGGAGGAAGAGGCCGAGGAAUCGUUUGAGAUUACAGUCUUUGACGAGGCACAUGCUGCGGAACCCGACUUCUAG